AUGACAUCCUCUUCAAAGACUGAUUAAAUUUACCUGAUGACUCUUUUCAAGGAAAUCAAGACUUCCAUCUUUAAAGUGUUUUGCUUGAUUUUAAAAGAACAAGAAUAAACAUUUACUUAAACUGUGUUGUUGUCAACAAUUUAGUUGCUCUAAUUGCUUUACAUACCUUUUGCUCUUAAAGUGAAUUACAUUUGGAAAAAUAAUUAGGUAACUGAUGUAAUAAAUAAAAUAUUGAGGUAAAGAAAUGCUAUAUAUUUGAGUUAUUUUGAAAUUUUGUUGCAUGUCAAAGAUCAAGGUUUUUCAGUAUUUCUAUAUCUGUUUUAUUCAUUUUCUGGAUUGAUUGUUCUGAUUAUGUUGGGAUUAACUCUUUUAGUGAAUCAGUAAAACAGGAAAAAUAGUACAAAUUGGAUAGUGUUGGUUGUUAGAAUAAGUAUAAAAUUAAUGAUUACAAUCUUAUUUUUUCCUAUAAAUUAAAUCUUCUUUGGAUUACUAGCAUGUACAAGCAAUUCGAAUGGCGUAAGUGUAUUGGUCUAUGAAACUGACGUGGUAUGUUGGUCAAAUGAACACACAAUCCAUGGAGUGUUAUCAAUCUUUAUUAUAUUUUUGUUCUAGAUUCAAAUCAACACCUUUACCCUAUUCUUAUUUGAGGCCAAGAAAUCAAACACGGAUGUAUUCGCAUAAAGAUCUGGUAGAUAGUUUUCUUUAUUCCACAUUUACAUUACAUUGUCUACAAUGGUAUAUCAACUAGUAGAAACCCCUGCCUAUAGUAUAAUCAUAACUUUGACGAUGUUUGUUUUGAGUCUCCACUUUUUUUAUCAAAUAAAGUAUUCUGCCCCCUUCUACAACCCAUAUGUGCAGAAAUUAUGGAAUGUGAUAACCGCAAUUAAUUGUUGGACUACUAUCAUGAUCAAUUUUGCCUUUUUCUUGGAAGGACCCUACUUUUAGAAUUCCCUCCUAGGUUAUGCCCUGGGCAUACCAAUUCUAAUAGGGAUCAUAUUUAAAUAGUAGGAUUAGGAAAUAGAUCUCCUAUUUUCGAAUCUCAAUUAAGCCAAACAGCCGAAUGAACUGAUAUCCUUAUGUGGGUAUCUACUGACAUUGAAUGAGAAAUCAAUCAAGGAUCAACAUUCUUAAUUGUUAUUGGAUGCAUUCCUAGAAAUACAUGAGUAGACAUGUCCAAGAUUGGAUUGCAUAAUGAAGAAUAAGUAGUUAUUGCGAUAAAUCUAAAAUAAACACUAAAAUAGACAAAUAGAAAACAAAAUUAUUAUUAAUGAAUUAAUAACUUAAAUGCUCACAUUUGGCAUUAAGAUGUAGCCUCUAAAUAUAGAUCUCCGCUUAUAUUACUCAUUUUUUUUGAUUGAUGAGAUUAAGUCUCCUCAAUUGGCAUUCAUCGAAUUAUCUCAAGCGGAGAAUAACUCAAUCCCAAUAGAUCAGUAAUUCAUCAUUUAUAGAUACAAGAAACUCAUUGAAGAUGUUUAAGUUGAAAAUGAUGUCACUAAAUUAGAGACCAACAACUUUAUCAAUAAUUAGAAUAUCUAGAUAUCCCUAAAUUAAAAGUUAGAGGCCUAAUGUAUUUUGCAAUUAGAAUUCCUGGCUGCCUUGGAAGACGAGAAGCCAGAUCUUGCCAAAAUAGACAGUGUUGGAUUUAAAAUAUUGAGGAUAAAGAAAUUCAUUGAUAAAGAAUGGCAAAAGGUACAGUAGCAAAAUGUAUACUCUCCAUCCUUAUACAAAAUAAUGAGCAAAUACUUCUUCUUUGUACUCAGUGAUGAGUAUGAAGGUAAUAUGACAUUGAUGAAGUAGGACAAAUUCAUUAAACUCUAAAUAAAUGAUCUAAUUAAUUUAGAAUAGGCAUCUAUUGAAUCCUCUCCAAUCAUCAUUUUAAAUACUGAAUAAAAUAAUUUUGGGAUAAUCAAGGAUGUGAAUAUAGCAUCUUGCAGCUUUUUAGGGUUUUCGAAAAGUGAUCUCAUCGAGAGAAAAUUGUCAGUGAUUCAACCAUAAAUUUAUAUAAAUUUUCAUGAUCAAUUGAUUGACAAUUACUUAAAACGUGUCACUGACAUCCAAAAGUCAAAGGUUGAAAAGGUCAUAUUCAUUAAGAAUAAGUAGGGAUACAUUUAAUAAUGUUCCUUAUAAAUAAAAUAAUUAAUGACUUAGAAUUAAGAGGUAUUCUUAAUAGGGAAAAUAGGGAUAGAAUUAGUCUAUAAGCCAAUUUGUUAUUUGAUUUGCAAUACUGAUGGAAUCAUUAAAGAAAUAAAUUGUGCUUGCAUAAAGCUUUUACGUUUAGAUGUUUAGAUGAUUAAAGCAAGCAAUAAAAAUAUUAAAGAUCUUUUCCCUGAUAUCAUGAGCAGAAUACCUGAAAUAUUAGGUAAAAAGAAUUCCAUCAUUUCUUUUAAUAUCAAUGCAAGCUAAUUAAAUCCUCAAAGAUCAUCAUCCAUUAAAUCAUCAGGAAUGGAUAGUACUCUUCUGGAUGAUUGUGUAAUGGAUGAAUCUCUAAAAUUGUAAUGCUAAAUCUCAGAGAUCUCUAUUGAUCUACCAAAUGCUGGAUUAAUUGGGUAUGUUUUUAAAUUCGAGAAAAUCGCCACACCAUAAUUAUCUACUAUUCACAAUACUAUGGUGGACAACUUUUAUAAAUUUAAUUUUAAAUUUAAUUCAUAACUAGACACCUAUUUAGGAUCUUACUAGAAUUAUAUGUAAACUUUGCAUAAAAUCAGCUAUGAUACUAGUUCAAUAGUUUCAUCUUAAGAAGAUUAAUAAUAAUAAAGAUAAGUAAAUAGAAAGUAAACAAAAAAGUCAACCAGUAUAAGUAAUGGAAUUAAAACUGUUAGAUUGAUUAACGGUAUGCUCAUUGAUGUUGAAGGACUUUCAGAAGAGGAGAUCUCUGAAGGUGAAUAAAAUGAAUUCGAAAGUAUUAAAUAAGAAACCAAAGAUUCUGAUAGUAUAAUAUAAUCAGAUUAUAUCUUUUUGAAGACUAAAUCUUCAUUGAUAUCCAUGAUUAAGAGUUCUAUUAUUCCAUCAUUUCUAAAUACCUUAAGGUAUAUUAUAUCGAUAUUGAUUGUUGGUCUACUAACACUUGGCUAUUUGCAAUUUUUUUUUGAUCUAAACUAUCAAAAUGAAAUAUAAAAUGGGUUAGACCUAUUUUAUUUAAGUAAUUAAAGAUUAUCGAAACUUCUUGUUGUUCAAUCUUACGUUUAAGAACUAAAGUUUAUGAAUUUAAACUAUGAAAGCUUAUUAUCAAAUUAUAAUUUUGAUGAGUUGAAAGAUUCAAACAUAAAGACCUUAAAUGAGAUAAAAGAUUUAUAAUCGAGGUUAAGCUAAGCUAAUUUCAAUUUAGCCCCUUAAUACAACUCUUACUAAUAAGAAUAUGAAGACUCAUCAAUUGAAAUGACUUAAUCAAACGUAGUUAUCAAUUAUACUUUUAAUGAAGCAAUCGAGUAAACCUUAGUCAAGGCUCUGUCAUUGUCUUAAUAAGACCUUUCCUCAUACACAGACGAUAAUAUUGAUCUCAAUUAUUUUGAAACUAAUUCAUACAAUUCAAUAGUGUAUCACAAUUAUGUGGCUUAAUUCUAUUUUUACUAUUACAUGGUUACAGUGUUGGAGGAGAAAUCAUAAAAUGUGUAAAUAAUCCUCAUUUUAGUUACCCUCAUUUUAUUUAUUAUAUACGUUGCAUGUUCGAUUCUGAUACUGAAAAUAAAGAAUCUUAGAGACAAUAUCCUAGUUCUAUUAUUAUAGGUGUAAGAGUAAUAAAUGAUAACCUUGAAGAAAAACUACGAAUACUUUUUAUAGCUCAUUUAAAGUAAAGAAGACGAAGAAAAUUUAGAUUAUGAAGAGGAGUUGAGAAAACCAGUCUAAUAUCAAGAAGAGGGUGCUUAGGAUUCUUUGAAGACUAAUGAUAAUGACGAGGCUUAAUUUCUGAUUAAAAAGAAGAGGAAAAAGUUUGAGAAUAGUCAUACUAUAUUAAGGAACAUUCUAGCAUACUUCAUUUAUCUGAUAAUUGACAACAAUGAUCUUGACUCAAGGUAUAAUGCUAUCUUACCUGUUUUGAAUUUGACUUCAAUUAUAGAAUCAUAUUUAAGAUUUGGAGAUAACUCUUUUAAAUAGAGAUAUGUUGACAACAAUUUUGUUAUUAAUUUUGGUAAUUUUGAUAGUCAAUAAUACGUAUAACUGUUAAAGAGUAUGAUAUCAGACAUUCACAAAUAGCAUUCUGAAAACUCAAAUGUGUUGGAUAUUGGUUAUAUUGGUGUAUUUGAGCAGAUAUUUAUAUUAAACCCCUGUGGUUUGAUUAAAGAGAUUGAUCCAAGUGUGUCAUAAUCUGAAUGUGAGAGUUUUAAUGACGGAAUCAUCGGUUAAGGGUUAUCUAUGGCAACCAUAAAAUAUAUCAAAUAUUUGGAAUAGGCACUGAAGAAUCCAGUGUAUUUUACAAAUGUUAGGAAGACUUAAUUAACUUAUUUUAAAGAUUCUUUCUAAUACUUAGGAGAUAAAUUGAUUGAAUCAAUAUCUAACGAUUUUUCUGUGAACCAAUUGACCAAAGUCUCUUUGUUCACGGUGUUUAAUUUGCUAAUGCUAUUUGUGUAUUUUUUUAUUUGGAUACCUCUGGUGAGAAAUUUGAUCCAAUCAAUAAUAAAGACUCGCUUGCUAUUUUCAUUGAUCCCCAAUAAUGAUCUGCUUAAAAUAAAAGCCAUCAUGCAAUAUUUAUUGUAAAUAAGAAAUCCUAUGUGA